UUCUCAGUUCCAGCCGCGGCAUUCACGGCACCACAAGCGCGCCUCCAGCCCAGAAAAUUAAAUUGAAAAGCCAACAAAUACGAAACUGCAGUUGGAGUUGCCAAACCAACCAUAACCAAGGGCUGGUCAAUGCAAUGUGCUAAUUAUAGAAGCGAAAAAACCAGCAAUUAAACAGCAAAACGCAAAUAACCAUCCAUCGAGUAAAUUCGUUUUUUAACUGGAAACGAAAAUGGAGUUGAAAGGAGUUCAGCCGUCGAAUGGCUCCGCAAAUGGAAACACCGCCAACGGAUCGCCGGAAAAAACAGAUGCCGAAAAGGCGACAGUGGAGCGCACCAAUUGGGGCAAUGGCCUGGAGUUCCUCAUGUCCUGCAUCUCGGUUUCCGUGGGAUUGGGCAAUGUCUGGAGGUUCCCGUUCACGGCCUAUGAGAAUGGAGGCGGUGCCUUCCUGAUACCCUACAUCAUAGUGCUCUUUCUGAUCGGUAAACCCAUGUACUACUUGGAGAUGAUCAUUGGGCAGUUUACGAGUCAGGGAACCGUGAAGAUCUGGUCGGUAGUGCCCGGAUUUGUGGGCGUGGGCUAUGGCCAGGCCUUCGGCACCAUCUGCAUCAUCUCGUACUACUCCUCGCUGCUGGCCCUGACCCUCUACUACCUCUUCGUGUCCUUCCAAUCGGAGUUGCCGUGGUCCUAUUGCCGAGACGAGUGGACCAACUGCGUGAAUUCGAGACCCCAGGAGUAUUUGGAGAAUCUGCUGGCGAGCAUGUCCUCGGCCAAUAAAUCAGCCGUCAGCAGCAUUAGUAGCUUAGCGGACGAAACCAAUGCAACGAAACUGCAGAGCAGCUCCGAACUCUACUUCCUGGAUGUAGUGAUCAAGGAGAAGCUGGACAUUUCGGACGGCGUUGGUGACCCCGAUUGGAAGCUGACCCUGGCCCUGUUCGUCUCCUGGGUGGUGAUCUUCCUGGUGAUCAUGCGCGGGGUGAAGAGUUCCGGCAAGGCGGCCUACUUCUUGGCCCUUUUUCCGUACGUGGUGCUCUUCGUCCUUCUGAUCAGGGCGGUGACCUUGGAGGGAGCCCGCGAUGGCAUCCUCUUCUUUCUGGAGCCCCAGUGGGGUGAACUGUUGAACCCCACCGUUUGGAAGGAGGCCGUCGUGCAGUGCUUCUUCUCUCUGGCUGUUGGCUCUGGACCCAUCAUCAUGUUCGCCUCCUACAAUCGAUUCGAUCACGGGAUCUACAGGGAUGCCAUGAUCGUGACCACUCUGGACACCUUGACCAGUCUGCUGGGCGGGAUAACGAUAUUUGCGAUAUUGGGCAAUCUGGCGCACAAUCUGCAGAUCGAGAAUAUCCGGGAUGUGGUGCGAAGUGGAACGGGAUUGGCCUUCAUCUCGUAUCCGGAUGCCAUCUCGAAAUUCCAGGCGGUUCCGCAGCUCUUCUCGGUUCUAUUCUUCUUCAUGCUCUUCGUCCUGGGAAUCGGUUCGAUUGUGGCCCUGCAGAGCACGAUUGUGACCAUCAUUUGUGACCAGUUCAAGGGCUGGAAAUACUGGAAGGUGGCGCUGGCCACCUCUGUGUGCGGGUUCCUCAUGGGUCUGGUCUACGUAACGCCGGGAGGUCAGUGGAUCCUCACUUUGGUGGAUUUCUAUGGCGGAACCUAUGUGGUCUUUAUUCUGGCCAUUUUCGAACUGGCUGGAAUCGUGUGGGUUUAUGGUCUGCAAAAUUUCUGUGAUGACAUCGAGUUCAUGUGCAAUCGUCGGGUUUCACUGUACUGGCGGAUGUGCUGGUCCUUCUUCACGCCGGUCAUGAUGAUCAUUAUAUUCAUCUACUCGAUGGCCACCAUCGAGCCAAUCAAAUACAGCGAUCUAUAUUUCCCUGAAGCCGCCAAUGUUGCAGGCUGGCUGUUGUUUGCCAUCGGAGCUGCCCAGUUUCCACUAUGGGGCCUUUGGUAUAUCACCCGUCAUUCACAGGGCACCUUCUGGACGUCCUUCAAGGCCUCGCUGAAGCCCAGUGAUCGAUGGGGCCCUGCGAAUCCAGAUAUAAAGCGAGAAUGGGUGAUCUUUAAGAACCAGAAGGCCGCCCAAAGAGCCGCGCAGAAGGAGACGUCCAAACUCGGCUUCUUCUGGCGGAAACUGACAAAUUUCUGCGGCAGCAACAAGUAGAAGACCAUGUAUAUAGAGCGGGGAGCAGAGAUGGGGAUAUCACGGGGAUAUCAGAGAUUACGAUUAACCAUAACCACUUGUUAUUUAUACGUACAUAUACGCCAUUGUCAGCCUCUAUGAAGCCAUCACAAAUGCGAAGCAAUCCUUCGACCGAAUAUAUCGCAUCUAUAAAAAUAUAAAUACCUUUUUUUUUGUUAUUCUAUGUAUGUAUGUUUGUACAAACUUUAUUUAUAAAAGUGAUAAUAUUGAGCAGAAAAAAAU